AAUCAACACUACGAAUGGAAAAAAGAAUAUAAGAAGGCAUUUCAAAAUCUGAAAGAAAAACUGAUUGAUGCACCUGUCCUAUUAUAUCCAGACUACAAGAAAAAGUUUAUCCUUGUCACCAACACAUUAAAACUUGGACUAGGUGCUAUCCUCUUGCAAUUGAACUCAGAAGAAAAGAAAUGA